GGUACUACUGUGGAAUGGGAAGUGGGAACAUCCAAAUCCGGCUUGACGAUUUACGGUGGUUUUGUUAAACUGAGGGCUUAUCUUUGAUAAAGUAAUAUAUUCAUAUAAUAUGAAACGCAGAAAAUAUUUCCGUAUUUGAAUGUUCAAUUAUCGUAUAGGUACGAUACAAUAACUUAAAGGAAUAAGGGAGAACACAAUCAUCGGUCUGUAGAUCAUUACUAAUGAGACGGAAUGUUUGUAAGAGUUUGGUCGAGCAUUCAAACGUGGAAUGAAUGAGGAAGAGUUAUUGACACGGUCAGCUGCGGAGCGUGAUAGAAUAUUCAGCUGCUAUGACCGUGGCAGAGAACAUGGAGCCCAAAUCGAUGCGUGGGAAGAUCCUGGUUAUGAAGUAUAUCAUACUACCGAUAGAUAUGGAUUUAUACACGAUAAGAGAUUACCACGAAGAUUAGGUGCAACCGAAAUAAGACUUGAUCAAAUAGAAAUACAAAGAUUGAAAAAAUGGGAAAAAAUGACUAAACAAUGGGAGAGCUCGUCGACUAAGGAGAAAUUACGUCGUAGAAUAUAUAAAGGUAUUCCAAAUAGAUUUAGGGGUCAAGUAUGGACUUUAUUAUUAGGUAUAAAAACUCUAAAGGAAGAACAAGCAGGCAAGUAUGAUGAAAUGCUUAAACUUGCACGUCAUUGGUCCACCGAAAUUCGGCAAAUUGAUGCUGAUGUUGCUAGACAAUAUAGGGAUCAUAUCAAUUAUAGGGAGAGAUAUAGCAUAAAACAGCGGUCUAUGUUCUAUGUGUUAGCUGCUUAUAGUAUGUACAAUAUGGAAGUAGGUUAUUGCCAAGGAAUGUCCGUUUUGGCUGGUUUACUUUUACUUUAUAUGGAUGAAGAAGACGCAUUUUGGGGUUUGUCUGUAUUACUUGCCGAUAAAAAAUAUAGUAUGCAUGGCUUUUAUGUUGAUGGUUUUCCUAAACUAAAUCGCUUCAUCGAACAUCACGAUAAAAUAAUGAAUAAAUUUCUACCAAAACUAAAACGAAAACUUGAUAAGUGUGGCUGCGAUUCUAUAUUAUACGCAUUGAAAUGGUUCUUUGUAGUUUUCCAAGAACGAACGCCUGUUAGCCUUGGUCUUCGUAUUUGGGAUAUAUUUUUAUUGGAUGGCGAUCGGAUUUUACCUGCAAUGGCAUACACUAUCAUGAAAAUGCAUAAACGAAAUUUAAUGCCUAUGGAAAGUCUCGAUGAAUUCUGUAAUUAUUUGCAAAUUAAAUUGGAACAAGACUUUGGUUUUAUCGAUGAUGCGGUAAUUAAUACCAUGGAACGUUGUAUGGAAGAACUUAAACGUGCCAAAUUAGAUUAUCCAGGCCCUCCUUUACCACAUGAAUUGCCACAGUAUCCAGUUGGUACAUUUAAAGAACCUUCUUUCACUAGCAAGGUUGGACGACGUAGUGAAGAGUUCAGUGAAGCACAGCAUAUGAUGCGUGAAUCAGUAGUACAACGAAGGGAUAUGGCUCUUGUCGAGGAAGGGAGAGAAAGUACAACGCCGGUUGAUCCAAGUAGUGGUGGCCUUGGUGGGAGCAAAUUCUCAUUUGAUCCAAGUCUUGACGAUGGUGCGUCUCCCAAUGGCUCACAUCGGUCUUUGGCUGACACAUCUGUUACCUCCACAGCUGAUCUUUCUGUAUUUAGUUCCGCGACACGGUCUCAAGCAUUAGACAAUAGUCUCGAUACUCAGAGCAAUGUUUCUAAUGGUAGUUCUGGUAGUGGUGGUUUGCUUACACCAAGGGCAACGCCUCAUCAACCAAGUCCUGAUAUUGUACGAAUCUAUGUACCAUAUACUUCACCUUCCGCAACUUCAUAUAAGGACGAUCUUCCUCGUACCCUUCCUCGAUCUUUAGAAACGAAUAGAAUCCGCAUACGUGUUGAUCCUGAUCAAACUCCUAUAGUUGAACACCUCAAGCCACUUUCUUUAGAUAGUCCAGAGUUUGAAUUAGAUCUAAAAUAAAAAUAACAAAUAUAAACUAAACAACAAGCACUAUAAAUAAUAUUACUACAAACGAAAAUAAAUGAAAUUAAAUGUAUGUUGUAUAUAUCUAACAAGAAAGAUAUAUAUAUAUAUAUAUAUAUAUAUGUAUAGAAGAGUGAUAAUUUGAAACAAAAAUAUUAUCGAUAUUACUGAUAUAUUAAUAAUAUGCAAAUGGUUGCAAAAUUAAUAAUAGUAUUACAUGGUACAUCUUUAUUGAUUACAAAAGUUUAACUACAAUUUAGUUAUAAAGCUAAUUUGCAAUGACAAAAGACGAUAAAGCAUGGCAAUGAAAAAAUGAAUAUGUAAUUACUACGUUCCUAAUACACUAUGAAAAUGGUGUUCCUUGCUUUAUUGGUAUUUAGAAUUUUCGUUUCAUUUGCAUUCCAAAUAUUAUAUUGCUUGCAACAUUCAAUUGAAGUACUAUUGACAAUGAUCGGGAAGACGAAUUCGAGAAAACGCUGCUCUGCAGGCAAAAGCAAGCGAGUUAAAAACAAAUUAUUAAUAUAAAAAAAAAAAAAAAAAA